AGGGUUAUGCAGGCGAUAGUAGGCUCUCAACUGAUGGAUGAUGAGCGUCUUCAUACUCUACUCUGCGAAGUAGAAACGGUCAUCAAUGGUAGACCACUCACCCCUUCAUCGAACGACCCCAAUGAUCUUGAAGCACUAACGCCUCGUCACCUCUUGAGAAUGAACUCUAACAGCUUCCCCACUGAAGACAAACCGACGUUGGGAGACACGUAUCGGAGGCGAUGGAAACACGCUCAGUAUAUGGCAGACCAAUUCUGGAAGAGGUGGACUCGAGAAUACCUCCCCACCCUGAGGAAACGGCAAGGAACAUUCAAAUCAGGACACAACCUCCAGCGAGGAGACAUGGUCAUCAUUGCUGAACCGUCUCUACCACGAAACAAGUGGUUGUUAGGAUUGGUUAUAGAAGCCAUGCCGAGUGAAGAUGGUGAAGUUCGCAAGGUGAGGGUGAAAACGAAGAGCUCAACACUUGUUCGUCCGGUUACGAAGCUGUGUUGGCUAGAAGGAGUUGGAGAUGAAAAAUUAGGGCUUAGUUUCGAGUGAAACUCGACAGGGGGAGUGUUGCCGCUACCACCAGAGAGAGAGAGAGAGAGAGAGAGAGAGAGAGAGAGAGAGAGAGAGAGAGAGCAGAAGAGCCAUGUUUUGGUUUAAGAAAUGCUGAUGUAGGGCCUAAGCGAAGAAAGACGCCUUAUACAAAUGGCCAGCAUCGGUGACCUAUGACCUCAUAUGUAGGGAGACUGGGUGUCACAGUGAGGCCCGCGGGAGAAUACAGCACAGGUCCGAAGGAGGAGGACGUGUUGUUGAAGGUCUCGUGUGCAGAGAAGUUUACCACCGCUUAAGUUUACCAGGACACCCCAGACCCGUAACACGUUUCGACCAAAUAUACCAAUUGCGUCGACGUGAGGGUCUCAUUAUCCUGAUCAUCAUCAUCAUCAUCAUC